AUGUAAUAAUAGUAGCAUCCAAAUAACGAGAAGAGACCCAAUAAAAUUGGUAAGCCAAAGGGAAUGAACACUUAGAAGCCUUUGGAGAAAACAAAUGCAUGGAGCUCCGAUUAAUAGAGUACUUAAGCAAUAUAGGCGCUAUCUCGUUUGGGGAGAUUUAUUUGUUUUUAGCAGACUGGCAUAAAAAAGGUGGCAAUUGAGCAGCAGGACUAAAAUGGAGCAGCAGUCGAUUAGAAUAAUAAGGCGACAGUGGAGUAGAAUGGAUAGUCUAAAGCAAAACCAAAGUAAAAAAUUGAUGCUCCUGGGAUAUUUCUAAAUGCUGCUUAAAUAAAGAUUCCAAAACUUAUUGUGGAAUAUUGCCAAAUUGUUGAGAAAUCAAAUAAAAAUUGUAUUGUCUUUUUCUUCAAAUCAUCAAAUCCUGAUUUUCAAAUCAUAGAAGGUGUUCCAAGGCUUAUCGAUAAUUUUGAUAAUUAUAGUAAUUAUCCUUCCCUAAAGAAAUUGGCUCCUAUGCUAAAUUAGAAGUUUCACAAAGAAUAUUUUACAUAUUUAUAGUUUUAGAAUGCGUAAUUGUUAUACGAUAAUUUACAACAAAUGUAUCGAGAACAACAUAACAAAACAUUAAGCACUGCUGAAACCAUUUUAUAAUGUCUUUUUACAAAAUACUUAAUUAGAAGUUUUGAGGAUAUAGAUUUAAUUAGCAAAAAAGAUUUUGAUGAAAAACUGCAAAGUCGAUAUGAGAAAUUCUACGAGUUAGACCAAACUCUAUAGGAUUAUGAGUCGUAUAUUAAUGAAUUACUUGCCUGCAUGUAAGUGGAGGAGGAUUAUGAUUAAUAAUACGUAUCUGAUUGA